CAAAAAAAAAAAAGGCGAUGGAAAAGCUUAAUACUGUAAUUGUAAUUAUAUGCAUAUCAUCGUUGCUGUUGGCCGUGUCGGAAUCAAAAGCAAGCCAUGGAAAGAAGAAGGUGACGCGGCUCCAAUUCUACCUCCACGACAUGAUCGGGGGCGAGAAACCGACGGUUUGGGCGGUGGCGCGGUGCAACCUAAGCGACGUUCUGGCCUCCAAGUUCGGUAAGGUGUUGGUGUUGGACAACCUGGUGACGUCCGGGGCGGACAUGAACUCGAGUGAGGUGGGGCGGCUGCAAGGGACGGUGGGGCAAGCCGACCUCCGCGAGAGGGCUCUGGUGAUGCUCCUCAACCUUGUGUUCACCAAGGGCGAGUACGAGGGCAGCACGCUCAGCAUUGUGGGCAGGAAUCCGUUGGAGCAGGAGGUGAGGGAGGUGUCCAUCGUGGGCGGCACCGCGGCCUUUAGGAUGGCCACCGGUUAUAUUCUCACUCGCACUUAUUUUAGAGACCCCGCCCGUGUUCAUAGUGUCUAUCAAUACAAUGCCGUCGUCUAUCAUAUGGAUCGCAGCGUCUUGUCGUCGCGUCGAUGAAACCAUUCUAUUUUGGCCUUCUUCAUUAUGAUUUUAAUUAGGGAAAACAUAUGAAAAUGUCUCAAUUUCUUCAAAAUGUCCUCAUGUUUUCAACCUAACAUUAUAAGAAUAUCCCAAGUUGAUUCUUCCUGGCUUGGAAAAUGGAAAACGUUGUCAAAUAUGCAUUAAGGGUUAAGAAUACAGCUGAUGGGCUCGUAAAUCUUCCAAAUGAUAUGAUGGGGGAUGAAGUUGCAACGUUAUUUUUGGCUAAAUAUGAUCCGCUUGACGUCGACACAGCCAAGGCUAGGCCUAUGCUCUUUAGAGCCUAUUUUUAAUCUAGAUUACUUAUUAUUUUUAUUUUGUAA